AUGAAGACUAUGAUUCUACUGCUUUAUCUUCUAGGAUCAACUCAGUCAUUACCAACACAGCUCAACCCUGCUUUGGGACUUCCAACAAAACUGGCUCUAGAUCAGGCAACUCUUCUAAACCAACAGCAGCUAAAUCAGGUCUUCCCCUCUUUAAGUCUAAUACCGCUUACACAGAUGAUCACACUGGGCGCAGAUCUGCAGCUGCUAAAUCCUCCUGCAGGGCUGGCGCCUGGUACCCAGACCCUCCCACUGACCCUGGGGGGAUUGAAUACACAACAGCCACUGCAAGCCCAAAUGUUGCCAGUUAUUGUAGCACACCUUGGAGCCCAGGGUACCAUCCUAAGCUCAGAAGAAUUGCCAAUGGCCCCACAAAUCUUCACAGGCCUCAUUUUCCAGCCCCUGUUCCCAGGAUCCAUCCUGCCCAACAGUCAAGCUAAUCCAGAUGCCCAGAAUGGAAUCCUUCCUGCAGGGCAAGCAGGAAUGAAUCCUGCCAUCCAGGGAACCUCAGAAGGCUUCUCUCCAACUCCUAGUGACACAGAUGAUGACUUUGAAGUGACGGCCCCUGCAGGCAUCCGAAGGGGCAUGCACACUACUCAGGAAACCACCACAGGGCCGCCAAAUGGUAAAUACUCUGAGCCAGGAAAAUGCCUUGUGAAAGUCAUCUGCAGGGUGGGAGCAGAGUUGUCUUGCCUCGACAAAUACAGAUCCUAA